GGCCGAUUUUGAUUAAAAUAUUCAAAAUGGCGGACGGAGGAGCAGCGAGUCAAGAUGAGAGUUCGGCGGCGGCGGCGGUGGCAGACUCAAGAAUGAACACUCCGUCAGAAACCAGUAAACCUGUAAAAAUGGAGAGCGGGGAUGGGGACACAGGCACACAGACAAAUGGCCUGGACUUUCAAAAACAGACUGUGCCUGCCGCGGGGGCAAUCUCUACAGCCCAGGCCUUUCUUGGACACCUUCAUCAGGUUCAGCUCCCUGGAUCAAGUUUACAGGCUGCUGCCCAGUCCUUAAAUGUACAGUCUAAAUCCAAUGAAGAAUCGGGUGACAGUCAGCAGCCAAGCCAGCCUACCCAGCAGCCUUCAGUACAGGCGGCCAUACCCCAAACCCAGCUCAUGCUGGCCGGAGGACAGAUCACUGGGCUCACGUUAACACCAGCCCAGCAGCAAUUAUUGCUACAACAGGCACAGGCACAGUUGCUGGCAGCUGCAGUGCAGCAUUCAGCCAGUCAGCAGCACAAUGCUGCAGGCGCCACCAUCUCAGCUUCUGCUGCAACGCCCAUGACACAGAUCCCUCUAUCUCAGCCGAUACAAAUUGCACAGGAUUUGCAGCACCUGCAGCAGCUCCAACAACAGAAUCUCAACCUGCAACAGUUUGUGUUGGUGCAUCCAACAACCAACUUGCAACCAGCACAGUUCAUCAUCUCACAAACACCGCAGGGGCAGCAGGGUCUCCUGCAAGCGCAGAAUCUCUUAACGCAACUACCUCAGCAAAGCCAAGCCAACCUCCUGCAGUCUCAGCCAAGCAUCACUUUCACCUCUCAGCAGCCAGCAACCCCAACACGCACAAUAGCAGCGACCCCUAUUCAGCCACUUCCACAGAGCCAGUCAACACCAAAGCGAAUUGAUACUCCCAGCUUGGAGGAGCCCAGUGAUCUUGAGGAGCUUGAGCAAUUUGCCAAGACUUUCAAACAAAGACGGAUCAAACUUGGAUUCACUCAGGGUGAUGUUGGGCUCGCUAUGGGUAAACUCUAUGGAAAUGACUUCAGUCAAACUACUAUCUCUCGCUUUGAAGCCUUGAACCUCAGCUUUAAGAACAUGUGCAAGUUAAAACCACUUCUGGAAAAGUGGCUCAAUGAUGCAGAAAACCUCUCAUCUGAUUCAGCUCUCUCCAGCCCAAGUGCCCUGAAUUCCCCAGGGCUGGGGAUUGAGGGAUUGAACCGCAGGAGGAAGAAACGCACCAGCAUAGAGACCAACAUACGUGUGGCCUUAGAGAAGAGUUUCCUGGAGAACCAAAAGCCUACCUCGGAAGAGAUCACCAUGAUAGCUGAUCAGCUGAACAUGGAGAAAGAGGUGAUCCGCGUUUGGUUCUGUAACCGGCGCCAGAAGGAAAAAAGGAUCAACCCACCCAGUAGUGGUGGAACCAGCAGCUCGCCCAUCAAAGCAAUGUUCCCUUGUCCAACUUCACUGGUGGCAACCACACCAAGCCUUGUGACAAGCAGUGCAGCGACUACCCUGACUGUCAACCCUGUGCUCCCUCUAACCAGUGCGGCUGUAACUAGUUUGGCAGUCACAGGCACCACGGAAACUAUCCCCAACAACACAGCAACUGUAAUUUCUACAGCACCCCCAGCUUCCGCGGCAGUAACAUCUCCCUCAUUGAGUCCCUCUCCUUCUGCCUCCGCUUCCACUUCUGAGGCGUCUAGUGCCAGUGAGACCAGUACAACACAGACAACCUCCACUCCCCUGUCCUCAGCAAUUGGGACCAGCCAAGUGAUGGUAACUGCUUCUGGGUUACAAACAGCAGCAGCAGCUGCGCUACAAGGAGCUGCACAGUUGCCUGCAAAUGCAAGUCUUGCUGCCAUGGCGGCUGCCGCAGGACUAAAUCCAGGCUUGAUGGCAUCCUCACAGUUUGCAGCUGGAGGUGCCUUACUCAGUCUCAAUCCAGGGACACUAGGCGGUGCUCUCAGCCCAGCUCUGAUGAGCAACAGUACACUAGCAACUAUUCAAGCUCUUGCAUCUGGUGGCUCUCUUCCAAUAACAUCACUGGAUGCAACUGGGAACUUGGUGUUUGCCAAUGCUGGAGGUACGCCUAACAUCGUCACUGCCCCACUGUUCCUGAACCCUCAGAACCUUUCCCUGCUCACCAGCAACCCAGUGAGCUUGGUCUCUGCAGCUGCAGCCUCCGCAGGGGCCUCUGGACCGGCAAUCGCCAGCCUUCAUGCCACUUCCACCUCCGUAGAGUCUCUCCAGAACUCUCUCUUCACAGUGGCCUCGGCCAGCGGGGCUGCCUCCACCACCACCACCACUGCCUCCAAGGCACAGUGAUGAGUUGAGCUGAGCUGUGCUACUACCCCUGAGCCUAUUUCACUCUGCGGUGAUAUUGGCUGCCAGCUGGGUUUAUAAACUGCAAAAUGUGAUUGGCUUCCUCUCGCCGCAUUGCUGGGGACAAGGGAGAGAAGGAAAAACACGAAAAAAGGAAAAAAAAAAAACAAGAAGAAGGAUUUAAAACUGGGACAAGCAUUUGCCUAAUUUUAUAAUAAACACUGUCUUUUCAGGAUUGCUUCAUUGAUUGGAGAACUUUCUAACCAAAAAUGUAAAAAAAAAACAAAAAAAACAAAAAAGGACUACUUAUCAUUUCCAGCAGUCUCAAUGACAAGUUAAGGUGGGUUAUCAACUCAAACAUAGGAACGGGAUUUCUUCUUUCUUUUUGAUCUAAAUAUCUUUUUUUUUUAAUUAUCAUUUAUUGGUCUGUUGUACAGGCCAUAAUGUCAUACAAGGUGUUUAUAAUCUUAUCAAUCAUGUUGGGGUUCCUUUCUUAACUGGUACAAUUUAGGCAGGCCUGUAUUACUGAUGUAUCUCUUUAUGAUUAUUAUUAUUAUUAUUUUUAUAUAUAUAUAUAUAUAUAUAUAGUUCGGACACAUUUGUCUUUGCUCCUGGAACUGUUUCAGCAAGUUCCCAUGCCACGCGGAGGGAAGAGAGAAGAGAGGGGAGCAUGUGAAUUGCAAAUGUUCUUUGCCGUUUCCUUUUCCUUGGCGGUAUGUUUUUUGUGAUUCUCUCAGAGGUGUUGGUGGCUAAGUGAACAUGCGGAGGGUAAUGUGCAAAGAUAGUCCAUGCUUGUGAGGUGAGAGUUCGGUUUGGACAGCAGUUUGCUCAGCUUACUUAGGCCAAAUCUAGCUCUCAUUUGCACGUCUUUGGCUCCUGUUGAUGCCAAGGGGGGUAAGGAUUUGGCCUGUAGAGUCUGUCUUCAACACCUUUGCUAGUGGCUCUCUUAUCUCAUAAUUGCAUGGAAAUUGCCACUUUACAACAUUGGGAAUAUUUCUCUUAUUUACAUUCUCAGGAGGCUGCCUGUAUUGGUGAUAACUCAUAUGCAUCCAUUGAACCUUCCUACUGGCUGUUUGGCAUAGGAUUUCUAAAAGCUGCAUUGGCUCAUCUCUAAGAACAUUUUUCCCUGGUGUCUCCAGUAUGAUUGUAUUGAAAAUGUUUUCAGCUUAAAACAUUUCUGUUCCAGAAGUAAAAUGGGUCAAGUGAACAGGAAGUACUGUUUAUGCCAACACAGCCAUAAGAAAAAGCAGCCUUCUGUUCUUGCUCCAUUCUAAACAGUUUGUAGUGUUGUUGGACACUGUUUGCUGCUCUGGAAAAAGGUGGUAAGGAAUGAUCAGAAAACCAGCCAGCCUGCUGUAGGACAUGGUGAACACUGGCAUGUUGCAUGUAUCUUGCAACAUUUUAUGCUCUUCUAGUGGCAGCUGCUGCUGCUAGCUAGAUCAUUUAUGGCAGCAAAUACCUCUGCUAUAGAGGAGGAAAAAUGUUUCCAAGCAACGUAACAAGUGGUAUGUGCAAACAGCUGCUAACAAUGGACAGAAGAGAGAUAGAGGAGACAGAGAUUAACUUAAAUGUUAUACUAGUCUGAACCCUAAAUCUUCUCAGCUAAGAAGAGGUUGGAUCAUUGCAAUGUACUUGGAAUUUUCUUGUCCUUUUGAGCAGAAUUAGAAAACAUCUUCAGGGCGGUAGAGCCGCCCACUGUUACUUUUCACUAAACUGGGUGGGGUGGGGUGGGAGAGUUCUAAAGCUCAUGCCAUUGUAAUCCAUUUCCUGCCAAAGGUAAUUCUUCAAUUACCACCUGAUAUCUGAAAGGCAGCAACUUUAUUCUUAAUGCCUUUCUCUGGCUGGUGUCCCUAAUUCACAGGCCUUGCAUUAAUUGUCAGCUGGCAGAAAUCUUUGUCUCCUCUCCAGAUGCUGUUUGUUCUCUGUUCAUCUCUGAAUCUCCAACUUCCUGUUUCACAAGCUAUUUAAAAAUAAUGAAUUCUUCCUAAAAGUUUAAAAACUUGUGAACUGCAAGCAGGGAAAUGAGCAAAUGUCCGUCCACCGUCUUUCAUGUGUGUUUAAUUUUUUUUUAAUGUUUUAUUUUUUAAAAACUAAGCUUGAACCAAAGUCAAUUUCUAGCAAGCUGCUGUACUAAUGGACUAGUUUGUAUAAGUGCAGUUCAGAUGCAGAGAGGUGAUAGAUGCUACUGACAAUUUCUUUUCGUUUGUUUUUUAUUUUAUAUAAAAAUUGCUGCUUGUUUUAAUCUUUUUGGGGGGGAUGGGUUUGGUCUUUUGUAUAUCCUUGGGUCAGACAAAUUCUUAACUUGAUUAUUAUCUAAUUUCCAUGGUUUGGUGUGUAAAUAGAAUGGCAAUGGCAGAUGGAUACUAAUCCAGCUGAUCCCGCAUCCUCCUUAGCAGUUUGGCUCAAUCUGAAUACUGUAGUGUGACUGUCUCCAUGAUUUCAGUCUCAGUGUAAAAUUAUAGGGCUAUGAAUAAUACUGUGUGUUAAGAUUUUAAGUGGCCCAUAGCAACAGCUUGGAGCAGUUGAAUGUAUGAAAGGAUGGCAGAGGAGAGACAGGUACCCACUAUGUUGGUCUAGAGGCCAUAGUGUUGACUAGUUUCUACCAAAGGAAAUAUCAAUCCCAUGGAUUUUAUUUUUGUGUGUGUUCAAAUAAGAUCUUAACUUGUGUUCUCCAGCAUACAGACACACAUGCACAGGCACACACACAAACACACAUUCUGACAGACAAAGGAGAUGGUGGUGACCUCUGAAGCAUGGUGUUUGCUCAUCUAUGGAUUUCAAACAUCAAGGUAGACGACCUUUAUGUACAAAAAUAAAAAGAACAUGACCCUUUAAAUCAUCAUAAAACAUCUCUCCAGGAUUCAGAGAAGUUGUAUGUUCUAUUGGCUGGCUAACGUUCCUCAUAUUUUCUGUUUAUGGUUAGAGGGUAUAAUAAAUAGUUAUCUGGAACACUUAAUGUAGCUCAGAUGACAGCUAUAAAAAGGUUACUGUUCUGUUGCGGUAUUCAUGUAAUGUUGGUGUGGGCCUUGUUAAACCUUUUCCCUCCUUUCACCAUGUCAUGUUCAAAGAUUGCCACAAUCCUGAGAGAUUUCAUAGCAAGUUCUUUUAUGAAGGAAGCUCAAAAACAAACAAACAAACAAAACCCUGCAACUAGAAUGUCUUGGUUGAAUUGUAUUCAUACUUUACACGUUCAAUUCCCCAUGUGGCUCAAACCUAAUACAUUUCAUGCCUAUUCAUGAGACUCAUUAUAGU